AUUUUAUUUUGCAGGAGACCUGUCAAGCAUCUCCGGCUCAGAGUCAGACUCAGAUGAAGAUGAAGGCGACAGCACAGGAGGUGGGGGUAACAUCAUUGGAACGGAGGACGAGUGUUCAGCCGAGUCUAUUUUAAUGAAUGGUCGGCUCUCCUGUAAGGUGCUGUUUCAGAACGAUGCAGGAGAAUAUCUGUCGGUCUAUCGCUGCGUGCUAAUGGGAAAAUCAGAUUCUGAUGAACAGGAUGCGGUUUCCUCUCUGAAGGCUAUAAAUCUGAAAACCGUCUGGGUCAUUCUUAUGACGGGUGGCGGACACUUUGCUGGAGCCGUCUUCGAAGGGAGGCAAGUUCUCCAACACAAGACCUUCCAUCGAUACACGGUGCGAGCAAAGAGAGGCACUGCCCAAGGGCUGCGGGAUUCCCAGAACCGGAGCCACAUGGCCAAAUCUGCCGGAGCUGCUUUGAGGCGAUACAACGAGGCCGCGCUCGUUAAGGACAUCCAGGAUCUGUUGCUAACCUGGGCCGAGCACCUGAACCGAGCCUCUGCCGUUUUCAUUCGAGCACCCAGCUACAACAAGACCAUCUUCUUCGGAGGCCGUGGGGGUCCACUGCAAAAAAAAGACCCCCGGAUCCGUUCGCUUCCCUUCGCCACGCGCAGGGCGACGUUUCGGGAAGUGCAGAGAGUGCAUGGCGUCCUCUCUACUGUUCAGGUUUAUGGGAAGGACGCAGACAUGUCUGCUGUUUUUAGUCCCUCCAAGAAGGAAAAAAACACGACCAAAGCUGCAGCACAGAAAACCGCAGCUGAGGAGAAAGAUAAACUUCCGGCACCAGGGGAGGAAAACGAUGAAAGCUCAGAAGAAGAGGAAGAGGAGACCCAACUGGAGAUGGUUGAGGUCAAAAUAGGAACUCUGGACCUGAGAGAGUCUGAAAUUUAUCCCUCCAGGCGCAGGAAGAGGAGGAGGAAAAAGAAGGAGCAAAUCAAACUUCAUGAUCAAGAAACUGGAAGGAUGGAUGCAGGAGCAGGUGAGGAAGAAGAGGGGGAGCAUGGGACUACACCUGCAGGAGAGGAGGAGGUUCCUGAGCAAGAAUGUCCUGUAACAACAAGUAAGAAGAAACUGGAGAAUAAAGAUGAUGUUGAUGAGUCGGUGGAUUAUGGCCUCAGGGAUGCUCUGUUUACCGCAUGCAAAGUUGGAGAUGUUGGGACUGUUUGCAGUCUACUUCAGCUACCUCAGGAAAUGGUGAACCAUUCUGAAAAGAUGGAGAAUUUUACCAUGGCCCCCUCAAGCCUCCUAAAUAAACCGAUCGACUCAUCGGGAUUCACUUUACUGCACGUCGCAGCAGCAGCUGCACAGAAGGCUGUGGUCAGGCUGCUGCUUGAUGCAGGAGCAGAUCCUGCAUUCAGAGAUAACAAAUCCCGGACGCCGUAUAUUGUCGCCCCUGACAAAGACACAAGGAACGUCUUUCGUAAAUACAUGGGCGAGAACCCCGAUAGGCACGACUACAGCAAAGCACAGAUCCCUGGGCCACUAACAGCCGAGACUGAAUCCAAAAAGAUGGAGAAGAAAAAAGCCCAGAGAGCUCAGAGAAAACAGCGGGAGAAAGAGCAGAAGGAGGAAAAGCGAAAACAGGAGUUGGAGGCAGAAGAGAAGAAAAGAUUUGCAUCUCUGACAGAUCGGGAAAAGAGAGCUCUAGCAGCAGAGAAAAGGCUGGCAGAACAAGCCGCUGCAUCAGGAGUCAGCCUCUCUAAUGUCCAGAGGUGCUGGUCUUGUGGAGAAUCUCUGCUCGGAAAGAUUCCAUUUACCUACCUGGAUUAUUCAUUCUGCACUCCACGAUGCGUUCAAGUACAUCGAAAAGCAAAUGCUCCUCCAAGCAAGUCCUAGCAAACAUUGGAAAGAUGAAUCUAGAAGGUUGAAACCUAAAAGCACAAGACUCUUUGGCUUGUUGAAUAUAAAUGUUCAUCUUUUUAAUUAAAAAUUGUAAAUUGUUUAACACUAAUCCAGGUUUACAACUGUAUAUU